UCCUGCUGUAUCAAUGAGCGUUGGCUGCUCGCAGAAAACAUGAUUUGAGAGGGUAAUCAAAAUAAGAAGGGAAGCCCAAGGUAGAGAGAGAGGCACAUUUGAUAUGCAGGAAGUGGGAGCGCCGUCUCAUGGUGAUUAGUUGGGGCAGUUCCAUGGCUAGAUUUAUGGCACGCAGCUGUUGAACGCCUGACAGACAUCCGAGGCAAGGGAUCCACCGCUGCUACCCCUUUUACUGCUGCUUCAGAAGAGCUCUGUUUGCUACCGGAGAGGAAGCUCGUUGUCUCAGCACACAAAGAUGGUGAGGGAGCAGUAUGUCAACACCACCCAGGACAGCAUUGUCCCUGCCCCGGUCCCUGACUCAAUCUAUAAGAUCGGGAUCUACGGUUGGAGGAAGCGCUGCCUCUACCUGUUUGUCCUGCUGCUCAUUAUCAUCCUCACUGUGAACUUUGCCCUUACCAUAUGGAUCCUCCGGGUCAUGUGGUUUAACACGGAAGGGAUGGGACACCUAAAAGUAACAUCGGACGGAGUGAGGCUUGAGGACGGCGAGUCAGAGUUCCUCUUUCCUCUCUACGCCCAAGAGAUCCACUCCAGAGAGGACUCCUCUCUCUUGGUGAACUCGUCUGAAAACGUCACCCUCAAUGCCCGCAAUGAAAAUAAUGAUGUCACAGGAAGUCUCUCUGUAGGUCCAGAUGUGGCCCAGGGAAAUGCACAGAACUUUGUCAUCAGCUCCAACACCAAGACGCUGUUUUCUGCAGAUGACAAAGAGGUGGUUGUUGGGACAGACAAGCUUCGUGUCACAGGUCUAGAAGGUGCCCUGUUUGAACACUCUGUAGAGACGCCCCUGCUCAAAGCUGAGCCCUUCAAAGACUUGAGGCUGGAGUCUCCAACCCGCUCUCUCAGCAUGGAUGCACCAAAGGGAGUCUUUGUCAAAGCACUGGCCGGGAACAUCGAGGCUGCAUCUAACAUGGAUUUUCUAUUGCACUCCAGUGAAGGACUGGUGAUUCUGGAUGCCGAGACGGUGCGUCUGCCUAAUCUCCCCCUGGGACAAGGAGGUGUGUCUGGAAACGCUCAGGGACUCUACGAAGUGUGUGUUUGUCCCAGCGGAAAGCUGUUCCUGUCCAAGGCUGGGGUCACCUCCACGUGCAGUGAAAGCCAAGAGUGCUAGUGAGUGUCUUUGGCAUCAGAUUAUACCCUGGUGAAUGAAAAUGCCUUUAUAUUGGGUACUCUGAAACACUUUCAUAUGAAUCCUCAAAAAGGCAAAAAAAACAACCACAACUUUUCAUAUCCUCCUAAGUAAUUCUUUCAUGGUGCAUUUUAUUGAUGGAAGUUAAAUUUGAGACUAAUUUACUAUGUAACUGAAACAGUGACAUGACAACUUUAUACCACAAUAAGUGGUUUACUCCUGCAGUAUAGUUGUUGAUACUAUCUUAUGUUUACACUGAGUUGAGAUUGUUUGUUUAUUUUAUAAUUAUGGUAUUAUGGCUGGGCAAUGAGGAGCUGGUUAACAGAUUACAUCCUAUGCAAUAUGUUUUUUUUUGUGAUGCAAUAAUAUAGGACUUUGUGUGGGCCCAGUUUCCUCAACCCAGAUGAAGCCUUGUCCACAAUGGAGAAUCUCCCAUUGAAAGUGAUUUUUAGUGUAGGCUUAAUCUGGGGCCGGGAAACCAGCCCUUAGUGUAUUGAUAUGUUGUGCAUAUGAGCAGAAAAGCAUUAUAUGAUCUAGUAUGUAGAUAAGAUGAGUAUACCAAACACUAGGAACACCUUCCUAAUAUUUUUGAUACACACGGGAAACUGUUGUGUGAAAAACCCAGCAGCGUUGCAGUUCUUGAAACAAACCGGUGCGUUUGCCACCUACUACCAUACCCCAUUCAAAGGCACUUUUAAUUAUGUUGUCUUGCCUAUUGACCCUCUGAAUUGCACACAAUCAACGUCUCAAUUGUCUCAAAGCUUAAAAAUCCUUCUUUAACCCCCCCAUCUACACUGAUUUGAAGUGGAUUUGACAUCAAUGAGAGGUCAUAGUUUUCCCAAGUACUUAAUUUCAUCUCACAGUUCACCUGCUGCCACUGUGUUUGUUUUUUUCAUUUAUGCAUUUACUGUGUGAAAUGGUUUUAUAUUGGAGUUUAGAGUAUAGUCAGUCAAACUAAUCAGUAUUAUAAGUAAUAACUUUGUAAUAAUGGGAAAUUAAAGGGACAGUGCAACAUUUUGGCAACUUUUUCUACUUACCCAGUCAGAUGCACUCAUGGAUACCAUUUGUAUGUCUCUGCUGCAGUUUGAAGGAAGUUGAAGGUACUUUCUGGAGCCAUUGCUAACUAGUGCAAUGACUGGAAGUGUACAGGAACAGCAAGCAUGCAUUUUCAACACUCUCUGAAAUGUUCUAUAUUUUGUUUAUCAUUACAUCAUUGUGUUUCGAUCUCCUGUCUUGGUAUAGGCUCUGAAAUGAAAUAGGCUAUGUCGCACUCCUAAUACUAUUGUACUGCAAUACUGUAGCCUACCGUCACAUACUAUCAAGGCUACCGGUCUAUUUACUUUCGAGCAUGCUUGGCUAUUUAAUUAGCGAUUGAUAAAUGGUACCCUACUAUUUGUUGCGAAGCAGAAAAGGAGGCAUCCUGCAAUAUGAUAUAUGAUUUAGGCCUAUAUAAUAAAGGUAAAAUAAACAGACGACACGCUGGUAUGCAAUCUCCUUACCAAUGGCAAAUGCAACUAUUUUAUCAUUAGGCCUACAUUUGAAUGUUUUUAUUUCCCUACCAUCAUUAUAAUUCCUGUGCAUCAAACACCUCCCAUUUUCCCCAAACAAACAAUAAGCCUAUUUGUUGCAAUACAGUUGUGCACACGCAUGGUUUGAGAUUUGCGUGGAGAUAUGCACUUUCCUGUCAUGUUCACAAUUGAUCAAUACCAUCCUUUGCAGAAAAAGUGGCAUACGCAAGGUUUAGAGUAUUUUUUGUGCGCACACACCUUUGAUAAAUGAGGCCCCUGUCGUCUGUGCUCUACUACUUUAGGGAAUAUUUAUUGUACAUUUAGAUUUUAGCAAAAAUGUUAGCUAUCUUGUCACCACUUUGACUCUUACAUAGAUUCUAAUGCAUUACUGUUCACUGUUAACCCAUGUUUUAUGUACGUUUGCUUGUACUUAUACAGCACGGUAUGAAAGUUUUAAAUAUUGUGAAGUUGAGGAUGUUUUGAUAAAUUGUGGAACAUGUGUGCCAGGUUUUGUAUGUUUGAAUAAAACAUUUGUGCUAUUCUUGUAAAAAGCUACUGUCUUUAACAUAAUAAAACGUAUAUCAUUGUUUGAAA